CCAAAAAAAUAAAUAAAUAAAAAUAGAAUCUUGCAAUUUGGGUCUUUCUAAUUUGCAAUCUGUUGCGUGUCUUUUUCUUUCGACAAAUUAUAUGAAUGGAGUUGUUGGUGAUGAUCAACUACGUGGUGAUUAUCUAAAUUUCAAGAAAUGCAAUUUGUCAGCACGACUUUUUUUUCAUUAUUAAUUUGGGUCUUUCUUUAAUCUUUACACGUUUACUUAUCACCCUUCUUUUUUGUACUUCAAAAAAUAUUCGAUUCAUUUUUUUGCUAAUCAUUUUGAGGGCUCCCCUCAAUUGUCUGUUCUCCGGCAAGAUCGAUUCUUUUAACGUUCGUCGAGCUUGAUGGGAAGCAAAAUCUCGUGCCUAAGGAACGGGAGAAGUUCCGAGCCGGCGGUGCAGUCGAGUAAGCCGGCCGGAUGGCAUCUUCAUCAUAAGCAAGCUUCGUUUUCCCGAUACGCUCAAAAUUACCCGGUGCCGGGUCCUUAUUCUCCGAAUCGAUCGUAUACUCCUACAUGCGACGACCCGACUCCAUCGCCGCAUGCACCUCUACGAUACGACAUGACGGAUGCUCAAAUGGUCGCGCCGCAGAAGAAGCUCGACAAGAGGUAUUCGAGGAUCGCCAACGAGUACAAUUCGUUAGAGGAGGUGAGUCAGGCGCUCGCGCACGCCGGUCUUGCAUCGUCAAAUCUAAUUAUAGGGAUCGAUUUCACGAAGAGCAACGAGUGGACCGGCAAGAAUUCGUGCAACGGUCGAAGCUUACAUCACGUCGGGGAUGGCUUAAAUCCUUACGAGCAAGCGAUUACGGUGAUCGGUAAAACCUUGAUGGCCUUCGGCGAUGACAAUUUCAUCCCCUGUUUUGGAUUCGGAGAUGCAUCGACUCAAGAUCGAGACGUAUUCAGUUUCUACCCCGAUGGCGCACAUUGUAACGGAUUCGAAGAAGUCUUGCAUCGAUAUAGAGAGCUCGUCCCCAACCUAAAACUCGCAGGACCAACGUCGUUUGCGCCAAUAAUCGAGAUGGCCAUGACUCUUGUUGAGCAGAAAGCAGGCCAGUUUCAUGUUUUACUCAUCAUCGCCGAUGGACAGGUAACUCGAAGUGUCGAAACUGAAUUAGGCGAGAUGAGCCUGCAAGAGCAGGAGACAGUCGACGCCAUCGUCGAAGCUAGUAAGUUGCCGCUAUCCAUCGUUCUAGUCGGGGUCGGAGAUGGCCCUUGGGACACGAUGAAGGAAUUUGACGACAACAUCCCUGCACGAAGCUUUGAUAAUUUCCAGUUCGUCGAUUUCACGCGGAUUAUGAGUAAGUACGCGAGCCAAACCCGAAAAGAAACAGAGUUUGCGCUUUCUGCACUGAUGGAAAUCCCGUCGCAAUAUAAAGCAGCGGUAGAGCUUAACUUGCUCGGUGGAUGGAAAGGAGAGAGGGUAGCUCUUCCUCCUCCAUUCUCCGGGAGUGUCCCGAAAUUGUCGACUGCCAGCUCCAGUUCAUAUUACGAAAACAGAAACCAUGUCCACACUGAUGCAAUUCCUUCGUCUCUGAUAUCUGUAUACGAGCGACAGAUUUGUCCCAUUUGUCUCUGUAAUCUGAAGGAUUUGGCUUUCGGCUGCGGCCACCAGACAUGUAGAGAGUGCGGAAAAGAUCUUCGCCUAUGUCCAGUCUGUCGAAGCCGGAUCGAGACCAAGAUACAGCUCUACUGACCCUCCAAAUCCAUCUCCUGUACAGACGAAGCCAUUAAAACAGAGACAAAUACACAUGUACAUUGUACAUACACACAAUGUAGGAAUUCUAUUGAAUUUCAGCAGGUAGAUCUACACUUACUGAUGAGAUGAUCGGCCAGCGGGGUGGGUGGGUGGGUGGUGCAUAACUUCGAUCUCAUCUUCUUCAAUGAGAUCAAACCAGUCAUUACAGGACUCUUUUAAUGUCCUGCCAAACAUUCCUUUAUUUUUCCUGUGAAGCAUUGGCUGUCCUGUUCUGUCAUCAAUUAGAAUGCUAGCUAGCAACUACACUUCAUUCAUUCGUAUUUUUUUUCUUCGAGUAAAAACAAGUUAUUUUAUCGAAUGGGACAAUCGACAGCCAACCAACCAACCAACUACCUAGCCUGGCCCUGGUAAAGGCAAUCAAUCCUGUCCAUAAAUCGACAGAUCUAAUAACCACUUAGAUCUCCAAAUAAUGGAUGUGCAUAUAUAAACAGUAGCCAGGCAGGCCCCUAUCCUUCUUUCUUGGAUGCAUUCAUUUUCCCAGCUUCUCUCCAUCACUGGAGCAAUGGCUAAACCACUAUCCUACCAGAGGUUGGAGCGGGAGAUGUGUUCCGAUGAUGACAAUGUCCGGGAACAUGUCAUCAGCGGAUUAAGGAACUCCACCCCAAGAUUCAGAAAAGUGCAUAUGAAGAGGAAGUUGAGGAUAAAGCAGUUUCCAGGCAGAUCGACAAGAAAGCCGAGCUUCCUAAAGAUGGCAUGGAGUAAGUUGUGCAUAAGAUUUAAGGAAUGUCAAUCCCAUUUCGGAGAGCUUUUUGGGGGGAAUUAUCUCUUCUUACGUGUCACUCCAACUAUGCCGGAUUCUAAGAGUGCUGAUAAUGGUAGACUUUUCGUCAAGAAUGUCUAGACCUUUCUUUUCAUGUAGGGUUCUAGGCAUACAUUCUAUUUCCAAGGAUACUUCUGCUUAUUCAAUUUCGCUUUUUAAGAAGUACGAAGUACGUGUUUUACAUUUGCGAAUGAAUAAUUAAGAGCAUUAUGG